AAAAAUCUUUUAAAUUCUUCCUAAGACUUGGUUAGAUGAAAAAUACAUGCAUGGAAGCAUCUUCAGUUGUGGUUGAUUCAUGUUCGUUCAAAACGCGACUGGGGUUGGGGCAUUUUAUAUUUAAACAUUUCUGCUUUUCUCUAGCCAAAAGUGUUCCGAUGAGCGAUGUGGUCCGUGGGCUUUUUGUAUUUUUUAUUUUAUGAUAGAACCCAGGAAAUUGUUCCUACGCUAUGUCCAAAGCAGCAAUGGAUGCAUUCACCAGGAAUUUAGCUAUUGAAUUAGCACCUUUCGGAAUACGGGCAAAUAGCGUAAGACCAGGACUAACAAUGAGUAAUCUUGCGAGACAUGACAUAACAGAUGAAGAAUUCUUCAAAAAGAUGAUGACAUUAUUCGGAAAUGAGAACCCCUCUGGACGGAAUGGUACGCCGCAAGAUGUGGCCAAUGCUGUAUCUUUCUUGGCGUCUGACAAAUCAUCGUAUAUAACGGGACAGGACAUAGUUAUUGAUGGCGGACGUUUUAUUCGAUAUUAAUUUAAAACAAUUACUUCACAAUAUUAUGUUUGACUUUGAUACAAAUUAGAUCAGAUUGGCAGAUAUAUUCUGGUAGCCACAUUUGGCGCUAAUUUUUUUUUCCCAAUGCUCACUAUCUAGCCUCUUGAAAACUCCAACACAUUUUGCUCUAAGUAAUGAUUACUUACAUAUAUAUAGAUAGGAUCUCGGACAAAUGCAAUAUUCGAGAAAUCCUGUCCAAAUGGGGAAAUUUCGAUAAGCCAAUUUUUGGCCCAUGAUGAAUUUCAGUUUAGUUUGUUAAAUAAUACUGAUAAAUGUCUGUCCU